GCAGCGCAGCAUGAACUUCCUUUUCUCAGUGCAGCGGGAGCAGUAUCGGAGUCUGAAGACUUCAUUCUCCCUACCUAAAGGAGAUCAAACGAUUACAAAAUGGGUUUCGUUAAGGUGGUCAAGAGCAAGGCGUAUUUCAGGAGGUACCAGGUCAAGUUCAGGAGGAGACGAGAGGGAAAAACUGACUACUUUGCCCGGAAACGCCUUGUCAUCCAAGACAAGAACAAGUACAACACACCUAAGUACCGGAUGAUCGUUCGAUUCUCCAACAGGGAUAUUGUUUGCCAGAUCGCAUAUGCCAAAAUUGAAGGCGACGCGAUCGUCUGCGCUUCUUAUUCUCACGAGUUACCAAAGUAUGGCAUUACUGUUGGCCUUACAAACUAUGCCGCUGCCUACUGCACUGGUUUGCUGUUGGCACGCAGGCUCCUGAACAAGUUCGGUCUGGAUAAGGUGUAUGAAGGCCUGCUUGAAGUGACUGGGGAGGAGUUCAAUGUGGAAAGCAUUGAUGGUCAGCCAGGUGCUUUUACCUGCUAUCUGGACGCUGGCCUCGCUAGGACCACCACAGGGAAUAAGGUGUUCGGAGCUCUCAAAGGAGCUGUGGAUGGAGGACUGUCCAUCCCUCACAGCACUAAACGGUUCCCAGGCUAUGAUACUGAAAGCAAGGAGUUCAACGCGGAGGUGCACAGGAAGCACAUCAUGGGCAAGAACGUGUCUGAAUACAUGAGCUAUUUGAUGGAGGAGGACGAGGAAUUGUACAAGAAGCAAUUCUCUCGUUUUAUCAAGAACGGCGUGACAGCAGACUCAAUCGAGGAGAUGUACAAAAAGGCUCAUUCUGCCAUCCGUGAGAAGCCGGUUCAUGAGAAGAAGCCCAAGAAGGAGGUCAAGAAGAAGAGGUGGAACCGUGCCAAGCUCACUUUGGCUCAAAGGAAGGACCGUGUGGCCCAGAAAAAGGCCAGCUUCCUCCGGGCCCAGGAGGCUGAGGCUGACGAUUGAAGAGAUAACUGAUAACUGUCAACCGCUCCAAAGAAAGUGUGCACCUCUUCCAAAUAAAUCAUUUGGAAAGAA